GGCUUGCAAUGGUGCUUCAUUAAUCCCUGCGAUUUCUCGCUUUCCUGAGGCCUGCAUGCGGGAUUGGUGGGAUGUAGCGAGGUACUGGGAGAGUCGGAGAGGGAGAGACAUGGAAAGAUGGAGCGAUGUCUGGCCGAGCCUCAUCAACAAAACUCUUGCCAUUUCCUGCAUGACCCGAUCUCCUGAAAAUUUGCUACACACUUUGCAGGACGCAUCUUCAUUGCUCAAUAUUCCUGGGGCUUCACGAUGGCGUCCGUCGUUGCUGUGCUUGUGUUUUGCCCGCUAAUCUCGGCCCUCGCAUUCAAUGCCCCGGCCGCCACACCCAUGGCUGAUGCUCUCAAGCUUCUCCCACAAGUUGAGAUUCCUCAGCCAACAGAAGCACCCAACCUCGAGCUCCACAAGCGACAGAGCAAUGUACAAUAUUCUCUACUUGAAGGUCCCGAUUCAAUCUGCGGGUAUCAAUAUGGACAGUCUAGCGGCGAGUUGGGAAUCUGUGGUACCUCACGAUGUGGAUUUGCAACAGCAGCCGGGGAGAUCGGGGAAAUAAUCUGUUAUGGCCCUACGAAAACCGCACCAAGAUACUCCUGGACAUCUUGUAUUGGAGGCACCCGUGUUAGCAGCUGCCUUGCAGAUUCCGCAUGCAGUGACAAUCCAGGCAUCGUAGUUUGUACGGAUGCAUUGGAAUCAUAUUGCAACGUAGGCACAUGGGUCGGUCUCGGCGUCGAAGCUGUGUGGUGCGAUUCUACGUAUUAUACUGGAAUGUAUUUCCCCCCAUCUCUCUUUUUCUCCCCCUCACCCCGCUUUUUUCCUUUUGCUAAAUUCGUUCUAGGAUUCCGAUAUCGACAACUUACAUUGGACAGGUGGGGAGAGAAUUGACUGCUGUCCUUGAUCCGGCAUUAGCUUCAAGCACAAGCACAUCAAUAAUCUCUAGUCCCACUCCCAGCCCCUCCGUAAGCCUCUCAAGGCAGACACCAACUCCAACUCCAAC